ACUUAUAGCCAUAGCCAUAGCCUGCCAUAGGCGCAUAGGCUAACUCUAGAUCUAGUCUAGACUAGUAGAAGACUAAUUGUCUUUUUUUUUAAAUUUAUAUGGCAUAAAUAUAUAAUAUUAUAUAUAGAUUCUCUAGACUCUAUAUAUCAUUUGGAAUAUGGGAGUAAUUUUAAUUUGGCAACGCAGUACUCAAACUCAAAGACUUGAAAGAGAUAUUAUUAUGGUCAAUGUAAUCACUAGAUUCUAGAUCUAGAUUGUGACUAGAUCUACGGCUACGGUAUACUGACUCUCAGAUGUACAGGAACUAAAAUUUUAGUCAUACAACCUUUUCACUGAACAUCAUGUCUGGCGACUAUAAAACUUUGGUGGGCCAAAUUACCAUUAACAGUCAUAUUGGCUUUACUCUUGCUUUAGCCAAAGAUGUUGGUAUUAUUGAUGCUCUUGUCAUCUCAGACACUCCUCUCACCACAACUGACAUAGCCAAGCAGAAGCAUCUCAAAGAGAGGUAUGUUCAAGAAAUUCUGGGUUGCCUAGUAAGUGCUGGUUUUGUCAAUGUGAAACAACAUGAAUCAUUGAACAGAUAUUAUAUCAGCUCUGAAGGCAAGGAAGUUUGGCAGGUGGGAGGUUUCCGCUCUUCUGUCUCCUUUAUCAACGCCUUGAUGGAAGCUUACAACCCAGUCAAAAGCUGUGUAUUUGCAGAUGGUCCAUAUGGAGUAAAUUAUGGUGCUGGGUUGAUGCGAGCUUUGGAUGAAGGCAAAACAGGAAGUGAGAAUACUAUCAUCGAGCUCAUUCUUGGAGCAUGCCAAGGUCUCAAAGAGAGGCUAGAAGAAGGCAUAUCUGUGACUGAACUUGGAAGUGGAUGGGGCAGGACUAUUGGCCAACUAGCAACAUUAUUUCCCAAAAGCAAGUUCAUUGCUUCUGACUACAGUGAUGAACUGGUCGACGCGUUGAAAGCCAAAUGGGGUCACCUUGCCAAUAUUUCAUUUGCAAAACUAGAUGCAUGCCAUUUGCCAACAAACAGUAUUGACAGUGUGGACUGGAUAUUUGUCAUUGACGUGAUCCAUGAUCUUCCUCAUCCAGUAAAGGCUCUUGAGGGAAUUCAACAGAUGCUAGACAAAGAAAGGGGACUUUUUACAGCAAUCGAAAUUGUAGGGAGUGGAUGUCAUGCUCAGGAUGCAAAAAACCUUGGGGCAGCACAGAUGUAUUCCAUGAGCACCUUUCUGUGCCUGCCUGAAAGCUUUCAGAAUGAGGACAGCGAGGCCCAUGGUGCUUGUUGGAGCAAGGAGUUGACUGUUGAGGAGUUUAAGUCUGCAGGAUUCUGUGUGGAUGUUGUGGAUUUGGAAGGAUCAGAAGGGAGACAGAUACUGUUAAUAUGUAAACCUGUGAAAAGCUGAAAAAUCUUGUCCUUUUUUUAAGUAUGUGAGCAUCAAAAACAUUUUUUAAUUAAAAAGAGGAAGGAAUUUCUUGGGAAAUAUUUUCUCAAUCAUCAGGAAUGUCUGAAAAAUUCAGUUGUUUGUAUUUGCAAAAGUAGUUCAUGGGGGGACAAAAAACUUAUGGAGUAAGAUGGGAUAAAUUGAUAGCAAUAUUUAUAGAACCUGCUCCCUUUCCCAAACGGUUAGUCACGGUUGAUAAAUAUUAACAAACAUUGUAAUCAUAUUAUUGAAGAUUAUGAAGAUUCUCACAUACACCCAACAUGCUUUAAGCUUUUUUUUGCUUAAGGCUAUUGUGUUUGUUUCAUGCAAAGGUUAAUGAUACAAAAAAGCUAUUUUGUUUUUACAUUUGGUAAAGUAUUAUGUCGUUUAUUGUUUUAGACAAGCAAACAUUGGAUCUUUUGUUUUAGAGAUAGAUGUUUAGAAAAAUUUUCAUUGUAAGAUAAGGUAAGAAAGAUGGCCUAAAGAAAUGGAAAUUUGGUGUUACAACAGUUAUUCACCAUAGGCUUAACUACCAUAGGCUAACAAUAAAAAUAUAGAUACAAAUACACAUAAAAACACAUACACAUACAAUCAGCCAUUAACAAAUUGGGCUCCUAUGUGGUUCUCUGUGAUGAUGAAUGACAUUGAAACACUCUGAUGACUGACAAUGGUAUGAAUGAUUUUCUUUUCUUUUGGGGUAUAAUCAUGUUUUCACAGAAUUGGAUAUGUAAAGAAUGGGAUCUGUUACCUAUGUCUGGGCAGUUGUCUCAAUCUGCUUGACACAACUUUGUACCUUUUAGUCAGUCCUUGACUGGUUGGACUGUUGUUGUUUUUAGAACUUGUUGUACGUGGGAGUGAGAUGAAUCAUGGUGUUGUCAGACUCUCUGAGGGGAGAUAAUGCUUGUGAUGUUUAGGCCAUUUUAUGUUGCUGUAACACGUUUUAGAUUUCUAUUUUGCCUUGUAGGACAAUGAUCGUAUUGACUAUAUGUUGGCUAGUGUUUUAGUGUCAAGAACAGAUGAUUGAAGUCUCCUAGAAUUGCUUGAACAAAGUCAGGGCUUUCAGUCUCCAUAUCGUGUGUGAAUGCCUUUAAUAUAUGUUCUGUUGCUUCCCCUGUUUUGGCUGUGGGUUGUAUGCACAUAAGCAUGACAUCAAAUUUGUUUAAACUCUCUAGGCAAAUAAUAUAGCCCAAAAUUAUUACACAAUAGUUCAAUAUCAGUCAUACUCAUUUAUUACUUUUAAUUGUGAUAUUGUUGGCACAUCAAUAUUGUUUGUUUACAUUAAACUCCCAUACCUCCUCCCUGGCUUUUCCACUAUCUAUGGUUCUAUUUGCUCUGUACAAAUGAAACGCAUCCAAUUCUACCGAAAUGUUGACUUGUUUAGACAUAUUUUCUAUGAGGCAGAUUAGUGAGGUUAUUAAGGAAUUGGUAGAUAUAUUUGCAGCAAUCAUCGUAUUUGUUCAUUUUGUUAUUCAAAGAGCUAAUAUUAGCAUUGUGUGUGUGAAUUUAAAUUAUGCUUUUAAAGAAUAAAAUAAAAUUAAAUUUCUAA